AUGAUGGUUUCACAUGCAGAUCUACCCACUGCGUCUUCAACGGAAACGAAGACUCACGGACGUCGUCUCAAGUCAGAAUCAUUUGCUCCGGAGAUUCGGGAGAACGCGGCCACGAUUACUUCUCUAUCUAUUUUCGGAACCCCCUCGGACCAAGAGUGCCAGCCCAUUCCGGUGGUGCCUCGAAGUAGUAGCAGCGACGAGCUUCGUGUUUGGCGAGUCACCAGUGCGGGUUUAGUAGAAGUCGACGCGAAGACAAUGGGAGCAUUCCUCGAUAAACCGAAAACCGACAAAACCAAUGUCCAUGGAGAGGGAAAUGGCAUCAGGUAUGGAAUGUCUUCAAUGCAAGGAUGGCGGAUAUGUAUGGAGGAUUCACACAUUGCAGAGGCAAUAAUGUCUCAAUCGUCUCCAUACAAGGAUUGGUCAUUCUUCGCCGUCUUCGAUGGUCACGCUGGUCACCACAUUGCCAACCGGGCUUCGUCGCAGCUCCUCGAGCACCUCAUCACGAGUGAGGAGUUCCGUGAUAUGACGAAGGCGCUGGAGGAGAACAAUGGAGUGCUCACAGAGAGCACGCUGAAAUUGCUCGAGACUGGAAUCAAGAAGGGAUUCGUGAGCUUCGAUGAGAUCAGUAAGACGAGUAACGAGAUUAAUAAAAGUGGGUGUACCGCGGUGUGCGCCAUCGUCACUCCGACUCACAUCAUAAUCGGAAAUCUCGGAGACUCGCGCGCAGUCGUCGCCGGAAAAAAACAGAUCUUUGGAACGGAAGAUCACAAGCCUUACUUGGAGAAGGAGAGGAAACGAAUCGAAGACGCCGGUGGCUCCGUCAUGAUUCAACGAAUCAAUGGAAGUCUAGCAGUGAGCAGAGCGUUUGGAGACUACGAGUACAAGGACGAUCCACGUCUCCCGGCAGAUCAACAGUUGGUCUCACCCGAACCAGAUGUCUACAUUCGAGAGAGAAAUGUGGAGAACGAUCAGUUCAUGGUGGUCGCUUGCGAUGGAAUAUACGAUGUGAUGACGAACGAGGAGCUCGCCGAGUUUGUCAGCGAUCGUCUAGUGGUUCACGAUGAUUUGAGAGAGGUGUGCGACGACGUGCUCGACGAGUGUCUUGUAAAAGGAAGCCGUGACAACAUGACGAUGGUCGUCGUGUGUUUCCCAGCAGCUCCACCAGUAAACGUCCAUCGGAAAGAGGCCGAGGAGGCGUGGGUGGCUCGAGUAAAGGCAGUCAUCAACCAGUUCCUCGACGAAGCCGUCGCCGCUGAAGACUUCAAGAAGGAUGAAGAUAUGGUCUCACUGAAGAGUAUUCUCGAUCAAGUCACAGCAAACGGACUGCUGCCAACCGAUUUGCGUGUUCCAGCUCACACAGUCACCACGUUGGCACAGAAGAUUCUCACACAACGUGACAUCAAACACGUGUAG